AUGUCUCUCAUUCUUCUUAGACUAAUUAUAUGCUUUGUUUCAAUUCUAAUUGUGAAACUGGUGUUUGCAGCUCCACAUUUAUCACCAUCUUCUACUUCUCCAAUUGAGCUUUCAACAACUAUUCAAAAGGUCGGCUCCUAUUCGAAAUCAUUCAAAACUGAAAAGGAACUCAUUGAGUCAACCUUCUGGAAGGAAUUGGUCAAAAAGAAAGAUCCUUCAGUAGCAGAAAGUACAGUAAUAUAUCUUGUUGACAGUAAUACGGUUUACCAUUUUGCAGCUUCAGAAACAGAUCCCAAUGGAGUAUACGGACUACCAGGAUGGAUGUCAUCCAAGAGGAAUAUUGAAUUGUUACAAGUGGAGUAUGGUAAAGGGUUUCGAGCAUCUGUAGAAGACAUACCAGUAUCCCCCUGUAUGUCUUCUGUAAUUUCGUCUGGAGGAGGUUCAUUUUCUCAAUCAUACACCUGGGGACAGACUCUUUCUUUAAAACUUUCACCUUCGAUAAGUUUAAACUCGGCUUUGCUUGGAUUGACUCUUAAUACUCAGAUGGAUACGUUGGAUGUUUCGUAUUCUUCCACUGGGGGUAUUCUGUGUAAUGCACCACCAGGUGGGAAAGUUCAAGUCUUUAGCACUGUUUCGUACAUGUACUUCCCUGAAGCCCGUAAGAGGGAUGUGUUGUUUCGUGGAAAGUUGGAUAAAUUUGAGCCAAGUUCCAAUUGGACUCGUAUAGCAAAUGAAGAGUCCAAAUAUAGUAAGUUUGGUGCAGUUUUCUUUGAUAUGUCAUAUAUCCCUCAACAUGAAUGUGUUACUAAAUCACAAUUUCUUCUUUGUGGAGAAAAUGAAAGAACCCUUGACAUGAACAAUCGGUCACUUAAUCUCAUGAAAGGUUUAGAAUUAGCUACAAUUCAAUAA